AUGGCUUGCUGGUCAGCUGAAAAUGCCACCAAGGCCUAUCUGAGAACCAUGAGAAUGGGAGAAAAGGCUAAAGAGCCUAAUGGAGUUGAGUUCAUUUCGGCACUUGCUGCAGGCAACAACGCAAAAAUCAUGGUCGUUGCAUGCGCUGGUGCUGCCGACUCAACCACGCUAGCCUUGGUUGCAGCAGCCCAGCAAACCGGGGGGCACGUUAUCUGCAUUCUUAGCAGCAUACAGGACCACUAUCUGUCCGGGAUGACUCAGGGCGUAAAUGCAGGUCGCGUCAAAUUUGUAACUGGAGAUGUUAAGAAUCUGCUGAUGAAUGAUUACAAAGAAGCAGAUUUUGUUGCUGUUGAUUGCAAUCUAGAAAAUUACGAGGCGAUUAUCAGCUCGAUUCAAGAAAGCCCGAGAUGUAACAAUACAAUUGUUGUAGGCUACAAUGCAUUUUGCAAAGAGUCAUGGAGGAAUAGCCCUUUGUGUAGUGAAUUGCUCCCAAUAGGAGAGGGCUUGCUAUUAAUAAGAAUAGCAGCUAAAAAGAAUACUAAUGGUUCUGGUUUGAAAAAGAGAGGGAAUUGGAUUGUUAAGGUGGACAAAUGCACAGGUGAAGAGCAUGUAUUCAGGGUCAGAUCUUCUGCUGGGAAAGUCAUUAGAGCUUAA